UCUGUUGCUUGUUGUGUUUCGCGGCACUUCAGUGACCUGGUGCUAUCUGCAGAGGGAACCAAAUUUCACGUCCAUAGGAGCACGCUGUCCAUGUGGUCCCCAGUGUUCGAGAAAAUGUUCACGUCCGAUUUCGUAGAGAGAGACGCUAAAGAGAUAGCCCUGCCUGGAAAAAAGGCAGACGAGAUUGAAGUGCUGCUCAAGAUAAUGUACUCUCAGGGCAGAGCUCAACAAAUAACAGAAGAAAACUGUCAAUUCCUGCUGGAAUUGGCCGAGGAAUAUCAGAUGGACACAGUAAAAGAGCUGUGCUGCGAAUAUCUUUCCAGCAACGUACAAGAUACAACCUGUGUGAAGUUUUAUAUGAUCGCAGAAAGAUUUGGACUUGAUUCUUUGUUGAAAGAAACACUUGAGCAAACGAAAUAUCUGCCAUGGAAGACAUUAGAUCAGGACGCGUAUUUUGAUAAACUACCCGACAAAACCAAAUUAGAAAUCUGCAAAACAAGGAUACAAGAGCUUGAAAAGACUCUGGCUGAAUAUGUGAAUACAUGUUCAAGCCUUGUUGAUGUAGUGUACAGAAAAGUUGCGGAGAAAGUUCAAACCACAGAGUGUGAUAAUUACGAAGUUCACCGUUGCGGCGUGAGCGAACGAUUUAAGCUUUCUUGCAAGUGCUGUAGGAGGCGAGUUCAGUACGCAGAAUGUGAUUUGGAGUAUUGGAAUUUCAGAACAGAGCUGAAAAAGUUGUUUGAUCUGGAACACUGUAAUAGAACAGCUCGGCAAUGUAAAGGUUGAACAGGGUGAAAAAAUUAAACGCCGACCAGGAGCCCAUUACCCAGAGCUUCCAUCUUCCA